CCCGCAUCGGAGAUUAAAUGCGGCGGAAUUGAGAGAACGAGUUCUCGUGCCCUCGUUUCGCUUCUUCGCUUCGCUUUCUCUCUCUCUCUCGCGCUCGGGCGAUCGCUGGAGCGGAGACUGUGAUUUGGAGGCGAUCGUGGGUUUGGGAGAGGGGAGUGGAAUUGUUUGGGGAUUUGAUUCGGAGAAGGCUCCAGGAUAAUUGAGGAAAUGGAGCAUAAGGAGGCGGGUUGCCAGGCUCCAGAGGGCCCUAUCCACUGUGUGAACAAGUGUGGCUUCUUUGGAUCACCUGCCACAAUGAAUAUGUGCUCCAAAUGCCACAAGGACCAUGUGCUGAAGCAGGAACAGGCGAAGCUUGCGGCUGCGUCCAUAGACAGCAUUGUGAAUGAUGGCAACAGCGGCGGCAGCAGCAGCAAUGUAACAGAGCCUGUUGUUACUGAUGUUGUGGAUGGCGCUACUAGUUUGGUGGAGUCGAAGGCUGUCUUGGCACAGCCAUCGGAUGUCCUCGUUGCAAAUAAGGAUGCAGAAGUGAAGGUGAAGGAGGGUCCCAAUCGGUGCAAUGCUUGCAAGAAGAGGGUUGGACUGACAGGUUUCAAUUGCAGAUGUGGGAACAUUUUCUGUGCUGUCCACCGCUAUUCUGACAAGCAUAGCUGCCCGUUUGAUUACCGGAUGGCAGCCAGAGAUGCCAUAGCAAAGGCCAACCCUGUUGUCAAGGCUGAAAAGCUAGAGAAGAUCUAGAGAUGAGAUGCAUAAGGUUUGAUGAACUUAGAUGCUUCUCUUCUCACUUCUGUGGUUUAUCUUCAUGUUGGCUGCUCAUCUUAUUAGAUGAUCUUUAUUGCUAUAAAUGUCUCUAAGCUUGAUCUUAGGGACAUCCAUGCAGCGUCAAAAACCAUAUAUCUUGUUGGGAAUCGAAAGGUUUCUGUGUUGUUCUGAUAUGUGAGUCUUUUAUCUCUGCUAUUUUGGUAGACAUCAAUAUGGUUUAUGAGUUGGCUACAUCUGUUGCUUGUUUUUGUUGUUUUCAUGUUAUAACUUAUAAUUCUACUGGUUGUUCA